AACCAUGGCAAGAACACGAGCAGAUUAGCGUACUUUUGAGAGGAGUACGAACUAGUACUGCAUGUAGUCGGGGUUAAGUUUCGCAUAGAAAAGAUGACCUCCGCACCUGUUGGACGACUCCGGCGAACGCGAAAGCACGGUGGGAGUCCGCAAGCUGGGUGUCCGCUCUCUGACCGCGGAAGGAGUAGCGCUGUUGCCGCUUUCUCCCCCUCGUCCUCCCUGGCGCUACUACUGGUUUUUCAGCACCUUCUUUCCGGGGUUGCAGCGCUCGAUGUGCUGGACCACACAAACUCCAAGAAGGAGAUCGCCGCCUGGGCCGUCGAGACUGGGAGGGCGCCGAGUGGGAGGCGAUUGCGACAGGAGAAGGAACCCCUGCAUCCGAGCGCGAGCGAAUCGAGCCCGAGCGCAACCAAGAUGGAGCAGCCCGCGGCGAGGAGGUACAGCCCGACCCACUACCUUUUGGACGCGAAUGGCGGGGGCGAGGCUCUGGCCCAGGUCACCAGUGCAGCGUCGCGACACGGGCAGCCGGAACCAACCGCGGAAGGCCGGGACCCGUCGCAGUUGCAACGUCGAGGUAAGAACUUCGCACACAGCUCCGCUCUGGCAAUAGGUGUGCUACCCGCAGCGAAGAGGAAGGAAAAUGCGGGUGGUUACGGGAAUGCCACCGAAGAUCAAGCGAGUCCUCUCGGCAGCACACGAACGGCAGCGAAAACGAACAGCACAUCUAUCGGUUCUAGCAGCCUCACCGCAGGAGGGCCCGGCCGUGAAACGAGCGGGAACUCCGCACGGUUGCAGCGGGGAGCUGGUCGUGGUGCCGAGAGCGUUUUACAGCAGGAGCAGGGACGAAUCCAUCAUGUGGCCACGGGCGCGCGAGGAUCGCGAGCCGCGUCGAAGACCAUGGGGGCGCUGACUGUCACCGCGGCCACAGCAUCCAGCGAGUACGCGAGCGACGCGAUCAGUGCCAACUUGAUUGACGGCGACAUCACAACAUAUGCACACACCUCGGAUAACACGGCUGAUUGUGGACCGGCGCAGAAGUGCCCCUGGUUUCAAUUGGACUUGGGCGAAACGAUGACUGUGGACAAGGUGCGCGUAGAUACUAUUUUCUGGUAUCUUCCUGGUCUUCAAAAUGCUGACGGCUCUAAUCAUAUAUUCAAACUUUUUGCACCAGAUAUAAUUAUCCAUCAUGGUCUCUACUUAGGAAUUGGAUUGUCUUUUUACUGAACAGCUCCUGCCGGUAGCUCUGCAAUGUCACGGCCGAAUAAUUGUUGAUUCUUUCAAAAAAGGUGAAGCUAAGCGCGCACAAAGGGAUGACUCAGAUGCGGCGCAACCUGUUCAUCGCGCCGAUGAGAGAUGACAACGGCGUGGUCGAGUAUGAGUUCGGGGACGACAUGACGGGUGGAAUCAAGGGCGGGAUGCGCGUGCUGGUGGGAAACUCGGCGCGUGACAGGGCGGAUACGUCGGAGUUCAACAAGGACAUGAGUUCGUGGAGUGGCACCGAACAAGGUUCCGUUUGCCCGGAGCCGCCUACAGGUACGGAGUGUGAGACGAUCCAGUGUGAGGAUCCAGCGACUUGUCUCGACCGCUUCGUUGCGGACCCUACCGACACCGAUUACGGCGCUGCUACGGUGGACUGCAAGGGCAAGCAGGGCCGGUACGUGACGAUUGAGCUCCCGGGCGUUACUGCUAGAGACACGGGACAACUUCGCACUCUGGGGCUCACAGAGGUUGCGGUCGAGGGCGGGCCCGCGAAAGCAAGUGAGGAGGCCUCUACCACGCCGGCGCCAGAAGCCUCCGCGCGAGCAGUGGCAGCGACUUCCCCCCUCCUCUUGGGCAUCGUACUAGUCGCACAGAUGCUGACCGGCGUGUAGCAGAUGUCGACAGAGGAGCCGCGUUCUGCAAGCGAAGUUCUUUUGUAGAAAACAGAAGCCAAAAAUAAAAUACCAAGCGUUGUUCAAAAGCGCAAACUUCUACUGCAGCAGCUUGGCGAACCCGGCAUGCUCGCUGGCUUGCAGCGACCAACGCGAGCAUAAUUUGCGCGCAGGAAGCGAACCACGCUGAAACAAGACGAAAAAAAUCAAAAGCCAAACGUGUAGUGCUAGCACUGGUGGCUUCUAGAACUGCAAGAACGGUGGACCGUUGAAAUUAAUUCAGGAGUGUCGCCAUAAGUAAUCGAUGAUCCAGAUGGACACCAAAGCAAUCCGAAGUCACCAUCUGAACUUGACAGCGCCGAACAUCACGAGAGUUCGACGUGAAGAUGUUGUCCAUGCUCCCCGCCAUUGUGGUUCGUCCGCCUAUUGAUAUAAACAACUAUCGAUCUUCGCCGGAAGUAGAAGUCCGGGGUCGCAGACUUUGGCAAACGACAGCACUGAAACAGAAGAGGAAACAAGGUUGAGUUUCUGUGUUGUGUGCGAACAAGAGCGGAAGUUCUCCUGAUCGUUCGUGUAAAGCUGGGCUCGAUAUUCAUAUUUGUUAUUGCGUGCCAUUACCUCGACCUCCUCUGCAGUGGGUUUUUUCGGAUUCCUGUGUCGUAUGUGAUAAAAUGUGCGGCGGGCUGUCUUCUACAACUUAGCCUCUUGUUUAUUGCGACUGGCUGCUAAAAAAGAACCAUGGCAAGAACACGAGCAGAUUAGCGUACUUUUGAGAGGAGUACGACUUAGUACUGCAUGUAGUCGGGGGUAAGUUUCGCAUAGAAAAGAUGACCUCCGCACUUGUAGGACGACCCCGGCGAACGCGAAAGCACGGUGGGUGUCCGCUUGCUGACUGCGGAAGGAGUAGCGCUAUUGCUGCUUUCUCCCCCUCGUCGUCCCUGGCACUAGUACUGGUUUUUCAUUACCUUCUUUCCGGGGUCACAGGGCUCGAUGUGCUGGACGACACAAGCUCCAAGAAGGAGAUCGCCGCCUGGGCCGUCGCGCCGAGUGGGAGGCGAUUGCGACAGGAGAAGGAACCCCUGCAGCCGAGCGCGAGCGAAUCGAGCCCGAGCGUGACCAAGAUGGAGGAGCCCGCACCGAGGAGGCACAGCCCCACCCAGUACCUUUUGGACGCGAAUGGCGGGGGCGAGGCUGUGGCCAAGGUCACCAGUGCAGCGUCGCGACACGGGCAGCCGGAACCAACCGCGGAAGACCGGAACCCGUCGCAGUUGCAACGUCGAGGUAAAAACUUCGCACACAGCGCCGCUCCGGCAACAAGAGGGUCACCCGCAGCGAAAAAGGAAGGAAAAUGCGGGUGGUUAUGGGAAUGCCACCGAAGAACGAGCGAGUCUUCUCGGCAGCACACGAUUGGCAGCGGAAACGAACAGCACAUCGGUCGGAGGUCAUAGCAGCCUCACCGCAGGAGGAUCCGGCCGUGAAACGAGCAGGAACUCCGCACGGUUGCAGCGGGGAGCUGCUCGUCCUGAGAGCAUUGUACAGCAGGAGCAGGGACGAAUCCAUCAUGUGGCCACGGGCGCGCAAGGAUCGCGAGCCGCGUCGAAGACCAUGGGCGCGCUGACUGUCACCGCGGCCACAGCAUCCAGCGAGUACUCGAAGGACGCGAUCAGUGCCAAAUUGAUUGACUAUCAAAUGCAAAAAUGUCUGGGUCUGGAAGUACGCAAGUUUGUCAUGCUUGUCUGGCAUGACUCGAGAAUCUGUGUUUCAUAGGCACGAAAAAGCCCUCUUACCUGUCAUGCAAAAACGCAGUUUGCCAUGCCAUGCGGAAUACGUAAGACAUGGCAGCCAAAAAAUUUGUCAUGCAUAGCUGCGUAUUGCAGUGCGUCUAUCAUUCACUUUUAGCAUUACAAGUGUCCAGACCCAGACAUAUUUGCAAUCCAUAUUGACGGCGACAUUACAAGAGAUUCAAUUGCACUCACCUCGGAUGGCGGGAGUGCGUGUGGAAAGGCGCAGAAGUGCCCCUGGUUUCAACUGGAUUUGGGCGCCACGAUGACUGUGGACAAGGUGCGUAUAUAUAGUAUUUUCUGGUAUAAUCUUUCUGGUGUGCAAUAUGGCGAGGGCUCUAAUAAUAUAUUUAAAUUUUUUCUAAAUUUUUUAUGCAGAUGUAAUCCUUCCAUCAUGGUCUCUACUUUGGAAUUAGAUUGUCUUUUUACUGAACAGCUCCUGCCUGUACCUCUGCAAUGUCACGGCCGAAUUGAUUCUUUCAAAAAAGGUAAAGCUAAGCUCGCUGUUGGAAAUUGGCAUGAUGCGGCGCAAUUUGUUCCUCGAGUUCGUCGGAGCCAAUGGCGUGGUCGCGUAUGAGGGAACCGACAUGGAGGGUGGAAUAAAGGGCGGGAUGCGCGUGCUGGUGGGAAACUCGACGCGUGACAGGGAGGGUACGUCGGCUUGGGACGAGGCCGCUAAAUUUUGGAAAGGCACUGCGCACGGGGCCGUUUGCCCGGAGCCGCCUACAGGUACGGAGUGUGAGACGAUCCAGUGUGAGGACCCAGCGACUUGUCUCGACCGCUUCGUUGCAGAACCCACCGACACCACUAUCGGCACUGCUACGGUGGUAUCAAGUGCAAAAAUGUCUGGGUCUGGAAACUUGUGAUGCUGGGUGGCGUAGGAUGAGGAGGCCACAGGUGCUGGCUCAGCAUGACAAGUUUCUGAGCUUCCAGGUGUUGCCUAUUCUGCAUGACAGACUGCGUUUCUGCAUGACAGCAAAGCGGGGCUCUUGGGUAACGUGCAUGACAGAUUCAAGAGUCAUGUCAGGCAAGCAUGACAAACAUGCCUUCUUCCAGACCCAGACAUUUUUACAGUUGAUAGGUGGACUGCAAGGGUAAGCAGGGCCGGUACGUGACGAUUGAGCUGCCGGGCGUUACUGCCACCAGCCCGACACAAGUUCGCAAUGUGGGGCUAACAGAGGUUGCGGUCGAGGGCGGGCCCGCGAUAGAGGCGGCAGCAAGUCUCGAGGGUAUUGGCGUUCCACUGAUUUCUGUUUGAGUGCAAAUCGCCAUCGGUAUUCGUACAGAGCAAUUUUACUUCGGACCAUGAUCGUGCAAGACUUGUCGUAGCGCAAUAGCAUCGUACUUACAAAAACUAGAAAUAAGCAACUAUAUGAUGUUAACGCAAACACGAUGAGGAAAAGAAUAAGACCGAUGCUGGAUUGAUGGCGGAUUUUUGUUUGCAUCCUGACAGGCUUUAUUCUUGUGGACCCACUAAAGCGCAAAAAUACUGGAAUUCGCAAUGGGUAAAAACCCAUAACGUUCGAGGAUCGUAACCUCUAUGAAAGUUUCCAAAUUUGUUGUUCACCACGACGACAGGAAACGGCACAGCAGGUGAGGAUGCCUCUACCACGCCGGCGCCAGAAGCCUCCGCGCGAGCAGUGGCAGCGACUUGCCCCAUCCUCUUGGGCAUCGUGCUCGUCGCACAGAUUCUGACCGGCGCGUAGCAGAUGUCGACAGAGGAGCCGCUUUUUCCAAGCGAAAUUGUUUGAGAAAACAGAAGGCAAAAUAAAUAUGCAAUGGACGCCAGCAGCCCUUGAGCAUAAAAUGUAAAUGCUUGGCUUCAAAAAUGCCAAGAUUUUGUUGAAUGAAACAACCGAACUGGUCGGACGGAUCAAAAAUAAGAAAUCGAAGAUGCUCCUCUCGGGUGCGUAUGCAUCGCAAUCACUGCGAUUGACGAAAGGGAAGAGAAGCGGUAACUUAGUUGCUUGCCCCGCCUGUUCUUCGCUUUGCACCCGGAGGAAAUAACCGUCGCUACGUCCUCUAGGUUGUGGUCGCGCAACAGAACUCCUUUCACACGUGAGUAAGAUCAAUGCCCGAUAAUUUUCGAUGCUACAGCCGAAUCAUUUUUUUUGGUACAUCACUCUUUCUUUGGUUAGAUAAAUCACUUUCUGAUCGCGAUCCAAUCUAUUGCGUUCGCAAUAUCCGAUCAUCAAGCUUUGAUUUCUUUGUCUGCUACAACAGCGGCCGAGCUUUUACUGAGGGCGUAUCAACAAACCACUACUUCUUUAUUUUACGGCAAGCAUCUUCAGUUUUGGCUCCGCUUGUCGUUUUUGUCGCUAUAAGCCGCUGAUUGUACAACUGAGCAUCUGUAUUGAUCCUGUAGAGCAGAACAAGACGUGGGCUGCUUCUACCCGCGCCGGGUCCUACUUACUCCUGAUUCUCCCUGUAGUAAGUAAGUAAGUACCUCUCGUCUAUGUGUCACAAUGGAGAUAAACGAAGAGCCUCCUCCAGUAGGGGAUUCCAUUUGUAGUGGAGAUAAACGAAGAGCCUCCUCCAGUAGGAGAUAAACGAAGAGCCUCCUCACAAUGGAGAUAAACGAAGUUCCAGGGAGGGAUUCCAUUUGUGUCUCCUUCCCUCGGAAGGGGUGUGUCUCUGGGAAUUCCGUCUUCAUUUCGCCUUCCCUC